AUGGUAGAGCAAGAGAUUGAAACACACAAGAUGAAUUCAGCGAGCGAGAGAGGAUUUUUCAGUUUGGUGGACGAGCCUAUGGUGACAGGAUCGAUCGACUCCGUGCUCGCCAAGCUCAACUCCACCAGACUGAAGAAGAAUCAUCCCAAGAUGAUGGAAGUGUUAUGUCAAGGCGUGGUGAACCUAAAGAAGGGUUUCGACAAGCUCGGCGGGGGGCGGGUGAUGGAUCGGCAUGCCCUAUUGUGGACGAAGUUUGCCACGGACCUGGUCUUUGACAUCGAAGAGUGGAUCGACGAGCCAAAGGCCACAUAUUUCUCGGAGAGAGAGAUGACUGCUUUGUUCAAGUCCCGGAUCCGCAAUGUGCUUGAGCAGUUCACGUGGUGCGACCUUCUCAGUCCAACUGAAGAUCGCUUCAAGAUCAUCGAUGAUUUACAUAAAGAUCUGGAGAGCCUUAAAAAGGAACUCCCCUAUAAGUUUGGGCCACCGGUGAGUCUUGAGCAGUCAGUUUGGAUGGAUCAAACAUGUGAGCUGGUCAGCGAGGUGGAAACUUUGGUCCAUGAUGAGAAGCCCGGAAAGGACAUGGAUGAAUUGCAGGAGAAACUAAUCCAGGACUACAAAGCCAAGAUACGGGAAACACGUGAGGUCUUGAAACAUUCUAGUGAUAAGCUCAGUACAGCCUCCGUUGAUUGUCCCCUGAUUUAUGAGGAGAAAACUCGUGAUCUCAUUGCUCUGAAAGAACCAAGUAGUAAGCUUCUCAUGCAUCUGGCCGCCACACAGGCGAGGCUAAAGUUGGUAUCUAUUGUCGGAAUGGAAGGCAUUGGCAAGACUACUCUUGCAAAGGAGGUAUAUGCAAAGCUUCAAUGCAAGUUCGAGUGCCGAGCUUUCGUCACUCUUGGCCGAAAACCGUCUCUAGUGGCCACUCGGCUGGAUAUACUUCACCAAGUAAAGCCCCAGGGCACUAUUCCUCUGAAUGGUACAGAAGCUCCUGAAAUGAAUCAAGUCGUAACUGAGCUCAGGGAACACCUCGUCACGAAGAGGUAUUUCAUCUUAAUUGAUGACAUUUGGAGCAUCUCGGCAUGGGAUGUUCUUAAUUCUGUUUUGCCUGAGAAUGAUCUUGGAAGUAGAGUAUUGAUCACAACUUGCAUCAGCGACGUAGCCAAAUGUUGUUCUACACGCCCAAUUGAUUUCAUCCACCAGAUGGAGCCUCUUAGCAAGGAAGAAUCCAAGACUUUAUUUCACGAGGAGGCAAAAAGGCCCGCUGAAAAUGAGUUGUUGAAAAUGUGUGGGGGCAUGCCAUUGGCAAUACUUAUUGCAGCCGGCAGUAAAUCUGCAGGACUAGCUGAGCCAGAGAUUCGUGAGAGACGUAUCCUUUCAACAUCAGACCAAUGUUCCGCAUCGGAUGGGAUGAGAAUGUUAUUGCGCAUGAGUUAUGAUGAGCUACCUGCCCCUUUGAAGUCUUGUCUUGUAUACCUCAGUGUUUUUCCAGAAUAUUAUACCAUCAAGAAAGACCGUUUGAUACGGCUAUGGAUUGCUGAGAGAUUUUUCUUAGGAAGGCGUGAAGAAAACUUGUGGAGAACAGGAGAAAGCUAUUUCAAUGAGCUCAUCUGUAGGCGGCUGAUUCAGCCAGUGUUUGGCUACGAAGAUGGCCAGGCUGUAGGAUGUGUGGUACAUGGUGUGAUCCUUGACUUCAUCAAAACUUUGUCUAGGGAAGACAACUUUGCGACAACGAGUGCAGAUAUGAGGUCCGGACUAACUCCAUGGUAUCCGAUUCGACGGUUCUCAUUCGAUUGCUGCAUCAAGGAAGAUGAAGCCGGCAAGCUGCUCCCAGAAACCCUGCACCUAUCUAGCAUGCGAACCCUCCAAGUUUGCGGGCGUGUUGGAUGGACAACCCUCCUCACAUAUCCUAAGGUUAGAAAAGGGAAGCCUGCUCUUCGAACCUUCAAAUUUCUACGAGUACUCGAUGUGGAAGAUAAUGGUAUUUUGAGAAGCCACCAUCUGAAAGGCAUUGGAGGGCUGAUUCUGCUAAGGUACUUGGGACUUAGAGGGGCUGCUAUCCAUGAAUUACCAGGCGAAAUUGGAAAGCUGGAGCACCUGGAGACGCUGGAUGUCAGGCGCACUAACCUGAGAAAUCUGCCUGCAUCUAUAGCUGGAUUGGAAAGGAUGGUAUGCCUACUGAUUGAAGAUACCGUGAAGAUGCUGGGCGAUAUCCUUAUGAUGCAAGGACUACAAGAAGUAUCAACGAUCCGUGUCGACAACGUCAAGUCACUCCAUAAGGUCGUAGAGCUGCUGGUUCGGUCGGGGAGGCUGAGUGUCCUUGGCUUGAGCUUUGAUGGAUUAGACCCAUCUGUGGACAGUGCACGUGCCAUCGUUGAUUUCCUCAAGGUGGUUGGACACUCUAACCUUCGGUCCCUAUCUCUGCAUUGUCUUGGUGGUGACUUGGUUGGCCAACUGAACUUGUGUCCCCCGUACCAGUUGCAAAGAUUUGAACUGACUAUAUCUGGUGCAAUCCUGGGAAGUACUGCAUUUUGUAUGGCCACCUGUGUCACCCACUUGAAUAUUGAAAUUAGUCAAUUGGGAGAGCAAGGUCUGAGUAUCAUCGCGUCUGCGCCCCAUCUUAUCCUUCUCAAGUUAGUAUCUUCAGGACCUGCUGCUGCCAUGACGGACACGCACUCAUCUUCCAGAAGACAAAGAAGAAGGGUGAUAAUUUGCAGUGGCGCCUUUCCGUGUCUUAAGGUGUUCUGGUUCACAUGCAAGGCUGGUGGGAAUGAGCUGCAGUUUGAUCGAGGAGCCAUGCCACGGCUGCGGGGUCUUAGGCUCCACUUCAACGCUCUAGAGACGCUGUCUCUUUAUGGAGAUUUUGAAUUUGGCAUUGAGCAUCUCUCUAGCCUCACCAGAAUCCAUGCCGCUAUUGGAUGUGAAGAUGCUACGGCUCCGGAGGUGGAGCUUGCAGAGACUGCCAUCACAGAGCAAGUCUGUCGGAUCUCCUCCGCCAACACACCAACAAUAGAGUUCAGCAGAGAGAAGCCCGGGAUGUUUGAGGGGGAAAAGAAGAGUGUAGGUCCCCUUACAGAGACGGUGACAACGAUCACCAAGAAAAGGAGGUUGAGCAGAUGGUUGAUUACCCAGUACGAAAUGAUGCAGCGCGCCUUGUGCUCUUGCAGUUGCGCGGGUAGACGCAGUGUGAAAUGA